CUUCUGGCACUUCGCCCCGAGCUUUCCUCGAGCGCAUCCUCUCGCCUCGGAACGCGUUCUCGUGUCAGUGUCGCCGCGACGCCAGCCACAGUCAAGUUACUCACUCAGUGGACAGUCGAUUCUAAGUCGACAGUCGAUCCCGAUCAUCGACAUUUCCAAAGGAUUACGAAUAUCAGGACAAUCGAUUAUUUCCAAGUUUCUUUCUCUUUGGUUACUGAUGUUCAGUGAUUAGUUGCUACGACAAGUAGUGGACAGUUGUAAUUUUGAAGAAUUACGAUUGAAAUUUACUUUGACGAUUUAAGGAUCUUAACGUUGCUUUGGUUUUGCUAGAUUGUGGUGGACAGUUGAUAGUCAGUGAACAGUCGAUCGACACGACUGUAAGUUUCGUGCAGUAGUUCUGGAAAAUCGUGGCAGUAUGAUCGUGGAAAAAUCCUAGAAAAUUGCGAAAAUUCAGAGGAAAACCUUGGAAAAUUGAAAAAUAAACGAAUCGUCAUCGAAAGAGUGCAAACAAACUUGUAACCUCGAAAUAUCCCAAGCUAGUGAAAUUAACGAAGGUUCCAUAGAACUUUGAAAUCUUAAAAAUUUUCAAAAUCGCCGCCAUAGAGGUUGCCGAAGGGCCUAACGAAGCGGAACCUUCGCAAGGUAAGCUACCAAACGUUCGAAACAAGAAGAUUCUCCUGUCUUCGGCAAAUCAGUGACGGACCAAAGUUUGAAAGGAUUGCCGCGGAAAGUUGACCGGAAGUGCAUCUCUCGGGGUGAUCAGUGCGCAUGUGAACCUAGAGAACAGGUGUUUACCAAGCGCGCUAGUGUUUUCAAACAAACGUCUGACCAAACACACAACACACCGACGAACAUCCCCUUGGCGCAACAAAAAAAGAAAAGAAAGAAACAGCACACCAACAACAACGAGAAAAAGUGUCAGAUCUUUUCGUCCCCUGCUUAAAUCGUGCGUACGGUUUUCGCGGAUCGAAACAAGUUGGGAACAAGUUGGAAAAGCGGGGUGAUCGCGGAUGAAGAUGGAACCGUCGUGGAAAGAAGAGGAGGAGGAUUUAUAACUCGACUCGCCUGAAAUAACAAGAGGAAUGCGCGCGCGGUGAAUCAGCUUCCUCCGCGAGAGUGCGAAUUUCCUGACAGCGGCCACGCGAUCCAGGAUCGACCGACACACUGCUGCAGGAUCUCUGGAUCGUGUUGGAGCGUGCGCGCGAGCGCGUGCACCUUGAGAAAAGCCAGAAACGCCAGAAGCUCGGCGAGGGGGACGAGAGAGGCGUCCGCGAAUAGGGAACGGUUUUUCUUGGAAAGGAGUCGCGACUGGUUGCCAGGUGUAACUACUGAUCUACAUUCGUGCUUAUAACCAAAGCACGAGUUAGGGGAGUGACUUGUACACACGCUAUAUGUGCAGAAUAAUGGCCGUAUAACAAAGUCAUCGAUGCCGCGCCACUAGAUAUUCGUGUUAUGGUCGAAGCAGUCGGGAUGGCGAUCGUGAAAUGUCUUAUCGUUGGGAUACUCCUGAUGUUGGAGAUCGAUCGAACUACCCAAGGACAGCUGGUUCGACUAGAUCUGAAUCAUCCCGACACGGUGAUUGUGUCAAUCGGUGAGAAGCUGAUCCUACGAUGCUCGUCGAGUUCGAACGCGGAGACGAUUUGGUACAAAGGCGACGAUAUUUUCCGACCAUCGUCGCCAAGAAUUCGAUUAAUGAAACAGACGCUGAGGUUCAAGUACAUCGAGCCCGAGGACGCAGAUUCGUACAGUUGCCUGGUUGGAUCAAACAUGACGAACGAAUGGAGGAACGUGACGAUACGAAUAGAAUUGUUGCAGAACGACGAAUACCAGCACGAAACCGAGAGACUGGAAAGACACGAGGAGGAAACGAACGAAUUGGAAAUCGAAGCGAGAAAUUUGCCAGAAACGCGAUCGUUGCACCUGGAAAGCGAAAACGCGGAGGUCGACCUGGACAACGAGAAACUGGAGAACGAAACAGCCGGUGAACACAACAACACCGCUCCCGUACGAGCACCGUCGUUCAAUAAAAGCGUAGAGAUGCCAAACGUGGUCGUGAAACCUGCUGGCAACAUGUUACGUUUACGGUGUCCAAGCUUUGGCAACCCAAGGCCGAACAUCACAUGGUACAAGAACAACGAAGAACCAAAAAGAACGCUUGGCACGGUGGUUAUGUCUAAGUGGACCUUUAGAUUGGAGGAUCUAGUGCCUGAAGACAGCGGCAAUUACACUUGCGUGGUGUGCAACGAGCUGGGAUGCAUCAAUCGCACGUCCAAAGUUGAAAUUGUCGAGAGCGUGAAACAUCGGCCGAUACUGACCAGGCCUCCAAGAAACACGACCGUUCUGAUAGGAGGCAACGUUACUAUGACCUGCGAGGUUCUGUCGGACGCGCAUCGUCAUCUUGAAUGGUAUCACGGUUAUCACACGUCUUUCGACACUGUCAACAAAACCAAUCAAAGUUUCCGGGUGGAGGUCAAGGCGGAAGGCGCGGACAAUCCAGAAGUACUGAAGCUAUACAACGUGACACAGAAGGACGAGGGGUGGUACACCUGUAUAGCGCAGAACGCGUUGGGAGAAACCUUCAGCAGUGCCUAUCUCCGAGUAGUCGAAUCUUUGGAGGACCAUGGAAUACCAUUGACAGCGAAACCACAAAUUCUCGUGAACGUUCUCGCCGCUGUCCUCUUCAUCUUCUUCGCCGUGGGCGUGGUGGUGGUAAUAUACAUUUUCCAUCGUCUGAAACGCGAGAAAAUGAAGAAGCUGCUGGCCAUAGAGACGGCACGUGCCGCAGUCGUGACUCAAUGGACGAAGAAAGUGAUCGUGGAGAAGCAGAACUUAGUAAACGCGCAGAACGUUCAAGAACCGUUGCUGAUGCCCGUGGUGAAGAUCGAGAAACAAAAAUCGACUGUCGCCGCGGAGGACAGCAAUGGAGGAAGUAUCUCGGAGUACGAACUUCCGGUGGACAGUGCUUGGGAGUUGCCACGAGAACAUUUGACUUUGGGAAACACCCUGGGCGAAGGCGCAUUUGGAAAAGUCGUGAGGGCGCAAACAAAUACUGGAAAACCCGGGAUUCCUUGCGUCGUAGCUGUGAAGAUGCUGAAAGAGGGUCAUACCGACGCGGAAAUGAUGGACUUGGUAUCUGAGAUGGAGAUGAUGAAGAUGAUCGGCAAGCACGUGAACAUAAUCAAUCUGUUAGGAGCCUGUACACAAGGCGGGCCAUUGUACGUGGUCGUAGAAUUCGCUCCGCAUGGAAACCUUCGUGAUUUUCUACGGGAUCACAGACCUUCCUCUGGAUACGAACCGACCAUUGGCCAAGAACCAAAAGAGAAAAAGACUCUCACCCAAAAGGACCUAGUAUCGUUCGCCUAUCAGGUAGCUAGAGGGAUGGAAUAUUUAGCGAGCAGAAGGUGUAUCCACAGGGAUCUGGCUGCCAGGAAUGUUUUAGUCAGUGAUGAAUAUGUUUUGAAGAUCGCUGACUUUGGUCUCGCUAGAGACAUACACUGUCACGACUACUACAGGAAAACCACAGACGGAAGACUUCCGGUUAAGUGGAUGGCACCCGAAGCUCUCUUCCAUCGAGUUUAUACCACUCAGUCCGACGUAUGGUCGUACGGGAUUCUGUUGUGGGAGAUCAUGACACUGGGUGGUACCCCAUAUCCGUCCGUACCAUCCGUAGAAAAAUUGUUCCAGUUGCUAAGAACUGGCCAUCGAAUGGAGAAACCACCGUGUUGCUCCAUCGAAAUAUACAUGUUGAUGAGGGAUUGCUGGAGUUACCAGCCUAACGAACGACCAAUGUUUGGGGAACUGGUCGAGGAUCUCGAUAGGAUAUUAACGAUAACUGCGAACGAGGAAUACUUGGACCUUGGCCUCCCGCAGCUAGACACGCCGCCGUCCAGUCAAGAGUCCAGCGAAGCCGACGACGACGAGGGCGAAGAAAAAUUCCCUUACCUACUGUGAAAAUCCCACGAACGAUCGGUUUUCGCCGAAGAUUGUGUAAAAACUCUGAGAAAGAUCCGGAAUGGACAACGAACGAAAGAAGCGCAGAAGAUAGAAGCACGAGAAGGACGAGGGGUCAGAUGCGAAGAAGAGAACGAACGAAGAUCACGAAGAAGAGAAAGCUAUUUUAUAGUCGAAGAACGCUGGUGAACGAAAGUCGAUCUACCGACUGACCUAGCGAACACGCCAAAUAAUAUAAAUCAGUAUUGAAUUGUUUAGCGCGUAUUCCGUAGAAUUUAAGGAAGAAGAAAAAGAAGAAGGAAGAAAGUAACGAUCGAGGAAGAAAACUCCGGCCUUCGAGGAGACUGAUUUUCUUACGAACAACAUUGUAUUUAUUUUCCUGUUAUCUUUAUAUCCUGGGAAAUCGAUUACUAUUAUGGAACGUGCGUUUGUUCCACGUGAUUCACGUACACGCGUUUCUCAGGUUUCUGUCGUAACAGAAUCGUAUCGAAGACUUUUGCUGCACACCUGAACUACUAUGGCAGCCGAAGCGUGAGAUAUAUAAUAAAGAAUAAAAUUUCUUACAAAAUAUUCACGUCCAAUUUUGUACAUGUUAUACUACCGUGCCAUUGAUAAGUGCCUUGGGAAGAUGAAUGAAAAGAGAAUGAGAGAGAGAGAGAGGGGAGAUAGAAGGAAAGUUCCGCCAGGGCUUCUUGUAUUCGUUAAUAUGAAGAGAAGAAGAAACACGUACAUAUAUAUGUAUAUGGUGCAUCAGGUUUGCACAGAAGAGAUACCUGAUCUACAGGAUCAUCUCGAAAAGUGUUUGUAACUAGUCAAUUAAUAAAACCUGUACGUUUCUCUGUAACAUAGCUCGAACUCGGUUAUUAAGGUAUAAUGAUAUGUAUUAUGUUAGCGUUUCUACGUGAAUGGACUCUAGUGGACAACGAGCGCGAAUCUUCGAAUUUUUGUAGAAAGAUGGAAGAAGAUUGUAGAUUGUAAGUGAAUGAUACGAUUCGUCGAGUUUUUAAUCGUCUUUUUUUUUUUUUUUUUAACCACGCGAGUUUCUACGUUGUGAUCCGAACGGGAGUGUCUUCGUCGAGGAGAGACGAAUACGAUUCAAAGGAUAUUGUACAGUUUCUUGACAAUACGACGGAAGACAAUUUUGCACAUGACAAAUGUUAAAAAAAAAAAAAUAAGAAGAAGAAGGAAUUGAAAAAAAGAAGAUAGAGAAGAAGAUGAUGGAGAGAAAAUUCAUUGCAUCGUCCACGUGGAUGUAAAAUGCAUAAAGAUGUAUAAAUGGUGCAUGCGAGAGGUGCUUAGUAGUAGAUAAUUUAUUUCUCUGUAUAUUGUUACUUAGGAUGUAUUUUAGGAUGUCGUUAACGCUAUUUUUUUUUUUUUUUUUUUUGUAUUAUUAUAGAACGAAUGAGGCGAGAUACGUGUAAAAUAUAGAAUGGAGAUUAAUCAAUUGAUCAACGAAAAUAAUAUACAAAAAUGAGAGAAGAUUCUUUGUACAUAGCACCGAUCUGUUUAUUUAAAAGUUUUUCUCAACUUUUUCUUUUUCGUUUCGUUACCCAGCACCUAAAGGUAGCCAGUAAAUCAGCAUUUACCAAGGUAGAUUGUAUGUAUAGUCUGCAUAAAUAUUGGAUUAUUAUUGUAACGUGAGUUUCGUCUCGAAUAAAUCACUGGAAACUGUACCCACAUUA